AUGUCUAGUAAUAGCAAAACAAGAAUCGAAAUAAUAGAUCUCAGGGGAAGAGAAUCUAGAUGGAGGAAUCUAGAGUAUCUUGGACAAACAGAUCUGGCAGAAAGAAUGACAGAAGCUGUCUUACGGGUGAGGUAG